UCUAAACUCAAUUGAUUUGCAUUUGGCUUAAACUGCUUUUCAGCUACAGUGACUGUUCAGUCCACAUCUACGCAGCCUGGGCUCGGAGCACGAUGGACGGAGAGGGCCCUGGUUCUCACAAGCUGGGAGGCAGCUCUCUCAGCGUGCGCGACACUCGGAGAAUGGUGCAAGUCCUGGCGCCUGGCGUGCCACCAGCAGUCCUGGACUACGUAUUUGCAAGCGUCACAAAGGCGGGUUCGAGCAGCACUCGUACCGCUUCGCCGGUGGCUAGAUAUACGCUGCGGAGGUGUGAGAGCGGGGACGCUGGCGAGCUGGCGCUCUUGGACGUGAGCUCCCUCAAGGAUGCGCACCCUGACUGGGCGAAUGCGGAUGCCCUCAAGUUCAGCUACCAGCCGCCCCCCACGCAGCAGCCAGCGGGCAGAGACGGCAAGGGACGGUGAUACGGAGGGCGAACGAGAGCUGGCCGGGCAGGCUUAACAACGGUUUUAGGCGGGAGGCGGAUUGCGAAUUCAGCUUUUGGGAGGUCACGGACACGUGCUUGCUGAAACCGGAAGGCAAGGGCGGCGUGGCUUCAGCAUUUGCGGGCCAGUGUGGCGUCACGUGCGAUGGCCGAACGCUGCUUCCCUUCAUUGUCGGGUUUAGGCGACUGACGUUUUACCGCCAGCUUUGCGACACUGAGGCUGCACAUGAGUGUGAGAGUAGUAAAAUUUGUUACCCAGAGAAGACCUUACUAUGUAGACUUUUAGUUGGUUUGUCAAAUCGUGGUGGCCUGCAAACGGAGGGUGGUCUGGUCUGUUGCGCCGCCGCUGUGUCGGAGCAUGUGAGGGCCACAGCACUGUGCGUGUGUCAUGUACUUUUCGUGUGUUGCGUGUUCUGUGUGAGUUGCCGAGCUGCACGGUGUAGCAUAGCCACUGCAUUGCGGCGCAUAUUAGCUGCAUAUGCUCGUUCCAACACACCGUGUUGGCUGUGGGCAUGAGGACAGGACACAUGCGUCGCAUCGACGGGACGGGACCACAUCAAUCUGGGAGUGCUGCCAGGGUUGAGCCACUGAGCAGGCGCCUCUGCGGAAACAGUUGCAACGUGCAUUGCAGGCAGGACCUGCGGCAGGCAAAUGCCGCGCAGGUCAUGCGGGUCGGGUGGUGGGGCGCUUUUGUGAGAGCGUUGCAUUGCAUAGACAUGUGCAGGUAUGAUGGUUAGGGGAUGAUGAUAAUGAGGAGUAAGCAGGCUGGCGCUGGUGCGGCCAGCGGGGGCUGCGUCCGCUCGGGAGCGUCAAGUGCUGUGUCGUGGCCCAUUUCGGUGUCAGAGCACGGGGCCUCCUCGAGAUGUACAUUCAUAGUUUGUCACGAAGCACAUGCGCGGCAUAAGGGUUGAGCCCGGAUGGGAUUCGGCUCCACUGUCGUGGCAUAUAGAUCGUGCUGAUGUGUGCAUUGUUCGCGUUUCGUUGCCGGGAUAAGGGCAUGGCUGAAGCGGAGGACACGGUAGUUUGUUGGUACCACGAGCGUGGGUGUGCUAGGGACAGGCUUCAGAGAAAGACGCACCUUUCAGAGGUGGUGCAUGUGAGGUGUAUAUAUAACGAGACACGAACUUAGUGCAUGCGCGGCGAUGGCGAGAGAGCGGAGCUGAGAGCCUAGGAUGCCUCGAGUCGGUCGGGCAGUCACCGUCCGCUGGCGAUGGUGGGCUGUAACACUAGAUGGGU